AUGAAGAUUAUAAUUUGUUUUCUGGCUGUGAUUUGCAUUUGCGAUGCAACAUUCUUGAAACUAUUUGGUGGCAGCAGUGCCGGAGCCAGUAGUGGAGGUAGCAGUUUCAAUGCUGUGGCCACACCUUCCGGUGGCGGUCAUGGACAUGGUCCCAGUUAUGGUGGUGGUCACAGUUCCAGUUAUGGCGGUGGUCACAGUUACAGCAGUCAUGGCGGUUCACAUGGUGCCUCAUAUGCCCAUGGUUAUGGCUAUUCACAUGGCUCGGGACAUGCUGGUGGCGAUGCCCAAAUCUACAAGGUCAUAAUUGAAAAUGCAGGUGGUCAUGGUCACGAUCAUGGACACUCACAUGGUCAUGCAACUGAAACUAUUGCCAUUAGUCAGGAUCAAGGACAUGGUCACGGACACGGUCAGGGACAUUCUGUUGAAACAAUUGCAAUUGCUCAAGAUCAAGGUCACGGACACGCUCAUGGCCAUGCUGCUCAAACAAUUGCCAUUACUCAAGAUAACUCCUAUGGUUAUGGUGGUGCUGUCAGCGGUCAAGCCUACAGUCAUGGUGGAGCUGAACUCGCCGGACAUGGUUACAGCCAUGGUGGUAAUGCUGGUGGUCAAGCUCAAAUUUUCAAAGUUAUCACCGAAAAUGCUGGAGGUAGCCACUCUCAUGGUUAUUCCGGUGGUUCUGCUGGAUAUGCCCAAGGUCACUCAUACGCCAACGGUUAUUCCCAUGGCGCCAGUUCCUACAAUGAUCAAUUGAAUCAAAUUUUACCACAAAUUCUUCAAUUGGUCCUACAAGAAGAUCAUGGUUUUGGUGGUGGAGCUGGUGCUGAUGUCAAUGCCCAGCUGAUUGCUCAUUUCGGUGAAAAGGGCAGUGCUGUUGUGAGACGUAGCAAAGGUGGAUCCAACAGCUAUUUCCAAAGUGGUCAUGUUGUACAAAAGGGUGAACUUAAAAUCACCCGUGUCGAACAAAAUCAAGGUGAUGGCGGUAAAGCUGGUCUUUUGCAGGGUCCCGCUGUACAAGGUCCACCACCACCAGCUCCACAUGGUCAUCCCCAUGGUCCACCACCACCAUCUCAUGGUUGGUAA